UAGAAAUAGAAUCAAUAAACGCGUGAAAAUAUUUACAUUGUUAUUGAGUUUGUUUUAAGUUCUUAUUAUAAUGGCAAGCAAAAGAAAGUAUCCCACAGCCGAAAAAACAAAAGAGGAAUCCUUUAAAAAACACACGCUUGAUUCAGAUGAAGAAGAUUCGGAUGACUACGAGAGGGAAUAUCUUAAUGAUAGCGACAUUGAAGGAGGGGAAGAAGGUGUAGCAAAGGUGGAAGACGAUGUGAAGUUAACACCUUUUAAUAUGAAAGAAGAAUUGGAGGAAGGACACUUCGACAAAGAUGGUCAUUACCAUUGGAACAAGGAAACUGAAGCCAAGGAUAACUGGUUGGACAACAUUGAUUGGGUUAAGAUAGGCAAUCAGAAAAACGCUUUUGAUCCUGCCAAAGAUGACCAAAACUCCAACUCCUCUGAUGAAAAAAUCGAACCUGCAGGAAAGGCUUUUAACUUGUCAAUGAACCUGACGAAAAUGCUUGAGUUUAUGAAAGCAGGAGAGACUGUAAAGAUGACACUUCAAAGAUUGGGUAGUCAACGUCCCGUCCUUACAACCCUUCAAAGAAUUAAGCAGAAAAAAGCCGGUAUUGUUGACACAAAGACGCAGGAAAUUUCCCAACUCACUGAAUUGGCCAACGAGAUUCUUUCCAAGACCGGAAAUAUGGAUAUAUAUCAAGAGACUUACGAAAACAUUAAGUCAAAGCUAGCCGAUUUGCCGGGAACUAGCAAAUCAAAGGAUGUCGCUGAUAUUGACAUGUACGCGGAUGAUUUCGAAACGAAGGAGUUGGAGCGCUCCAAAGCCUCAAGUGCUACUUCAAAACCAACGCUGAAUACCUCGGAGGUGAGCUGGGAGUUCAAAUGGUCGCAGGAUGAGACUGAAAUCCAAGGACCAUUUAGCACCGAGAAAAUGUUAAAAUGGUCUCAAGAAAAUUACUUCAAAAACGGGGUCUAUGUUCGAAAGUGUGGCGAAAACACAAAUUUUUAUACUAGCAACCGCAUAGAUUUUGAUUUAUACCUGUAAAUGUUAAAUAACACUAUUAUACAUAAAUACACUUUUCAGUUGAAUUGUUCCCUGCAUUAGACUUUGUUCAAUAUUGACUUAAAAUGUUUUACAAUAUGUAACCUUAAAUAUUUGGUUAAAGUCAAAAUAAAUCGUAGAAAUAA